AUUCUGUUCAUGUCAUUGAAGAACAAUGGAUUAUCUGUCAUGUCCAGGAUUAUUUCAAUUAUAAACACACUGUCUAGGUGAUUACGGUUUGAUAAAUGCCAUGCAUGCCUUCAAUCUCAACCCCGCCACAGCUGUUGCUGCUGUUGCCUUUCUCUCCGCCCUCCCAACCGCUCAAGCCAGUUUAUAUCUUAAGAGCUCUCCCGUAGUACAAGUCGACGCAAAGAAUUACGACAGAAUAAUCAAUAAAUCAAAUUACACAUCGGUCGUUGAAUUCUACGCGCCAUGGUGUGGUCACUGUCAAAACCUCAAACCUGCCUACGAAAAGGCAGCUAAGAAUCUCGAGGGAUUGGCUCGGGUCGCAGCAGUCAACUGCGAUGAAGAUGAGAACAAGCAAUUAUGUGGAAUGAUGGGCGUCAAGGGAUUCCCGACAGUCAAGACCGUACGUCCGGGCAAGAAAGGGAAGCCAAUUGUAGAAGACUACAAUGGACCUCGAACAGCUAAAGGCAUUGUUGAUGCCGUCGUCGAGAAGAUCAAUAACCACGUCAAGCGUGUGACGGAUAAGGAUAUCGAUUCCUUCCUAUCGAACAAGAAUGACUCGGCCAAGGCCAUUUUAUUCACUGAGAAGGGUACGACUAGUGCUUUAUUGAAGAGUAUUGCGAUUGACUUCCUGGACGUUAUCACUGUUGCACAAAUUCGAGAUAAGGAGACCAAGGCGAAUGGGUUAUUCGGUAUUUCGUCCUAUCCGAAGUUGGUCCUACUACCCGGUGGUGACAAGGAUAGCAUUGUGUACGACGGAGAGUUAAAGAAGGAUGUCAUGGUUAAAUUCCUAUCACAAGCCGGCCAACCAAACCCGGAUCCCGCUCCCGCCAAAUCAAAGGGAGACAAGAAGGGCGAGAAGAAGUCCGAAAAAAAGGAUAAGAAGGCAGACAAGAAGGCAUCAUCCAAAUCUUCCGAAUCCAGCACCAAGACCACAUCCACAGAAUCAACCGAGCCGACAGACGUCCCACCCGCGACCGAGGAGAUUGUCAUACCAGCCAUCCCAGCUAUUACGGAGGCCGAUAAAUUGACUAAGGAAUGCUUGAACCGCAAAUCCCGUACCUGCAUCCUCGCAUUCGUACCAUCUGCUCACGGCGAAACCGCCGAGACAGUUCUUACUACACUAUCACACGUUCCCUUUAGACGUUCCGACGCACGCCGCAAUCUCAUCCCCUUCUUCGAAGUACACACCGACAAUGAGGCUUCCUCAUCAGUAUACAAGAGCCUAGAACUCUCCAAGGACAUCGAAAUCGUUGCUGUCAACGGUAAAAGAAAGUGGUGGCGUCAUUACGAGGGCGAUUUCAGCUCUGAGAGUCUGGAGAGCUGGAUCGAUCUUAUCCGCAUGAGUGAAGGUACUAAGAAGACACUUCCGGAAGGUCUAAUCGGUGAGGUGGUUGAAGAGACGACUGCGGAGAAACCAGCUGAGACUGUAGAGGUGAAGGUAGAGGAGUCCGUUGAGAUCAAAGUCGAGCCCGAAUCAUCUGAGACGGAAACUAAAGGCGCAGAACCAACCCCUGAAGCUACUUCGGAAGAGAAGGUGAAACAUGAAGAGCUAUAAAUAUCAUAUGUGAAUGAGCUUGUACCUUAACGCCUGCCGAUGCUAUCAUCAACCGCAACUCCCAAAUACCGUUGACCCUUUCACCUUCGUCCAAAUAUUCCCUUUGUAUCCACCAUCCUUCGUCCC